CCGCCUCUCCCCCCCCAGGGCUCGGCUCCAGCUCCAUGCCCCUGUGGGACUUCCAGGGCAGCACCAUGCUCACCAGCCAGUACGUGCGCCUGACACCGGACGAGCCAGGCAGGGAGGGCUCCAUCUGGAACCGCGUGCCCUGUUUCCUCAAGGACUGGGAGCUCCACGUCCACUUCAGGAUCCACGGCGCAGGCAAGAAGAACCUGCAUGGGGAUGGCUUCGCCCUGUGGUAUACCCGGGAGCGCCUCACGCCAGGUCCUGUCUUUGGCAGCAAAGAUAACUUCCAUGGCUUGGCCAUUUUCCUGGAUACAUACCCCAAUGAUGAAGCAACAGAGCGUGUGUUUCCAUACAUCUCUGCCAUGGUGAAUAACGGCUCCCUGGCCUACGACCACAGUAAGGAUGGGCGCUGGACGGAGCUAGCAGGCUGCACGGCUGAUCUUCGAAAUCGGAACCAUGACACUUUCCUGGCAGUUCGCUACUCCAGGGGCCGACUAACGGUGAUGACGGAUGUGGAGGACAAGAAUGAGUGGAAGAACUGCAUCGACAUUGCAGGGGUCCGACUGCCCACUGGCUACUUCUUUGGGGCUUCUGCUGGCACGGGGGACCUGUCUGACAAUCAUGACAUCAUCUCAAUGAAGCUAUUUCAGCUGAUGGUAGAGCAUCCACCGGAGGAAGAGAACAUUGACUGGACAAAGAUCGAGCCCAGCGUCAGCCUCCUUAAGUCCCCAAAAGACAACGUGGAUGACCCUACAGGGAACUUCCGAAGUGGGCCCCUGACUGGCUGGAAGGUGUUCCUGCUGCUGCUCUGCGCCUUGCUGGGCAUCAUUGUGUGUGCUGUGGUGGGGGCUGUGGUGUUCCAGAGACGGCAGGAGAGGAACAAGCGUUUUUACUAGAAGAGCUGGCCUGGCCCUGGCCCCGGCCCAACUGUGAUCUUUUCUACACGAGAGUGUACAAAACUCUGCUUUCUAAAAAGCUGUUUUUGGAGAAAUAAGAGGAGUGUUUUGGUAUCUUG